AUGCAGGACUCGGACAAUUCGAGCGCAAGCCUCGUCCCGCUUUCCUCGUCCAACCACUCGGCGAUGGUGGGCAGGGUGCCUCCGGUGGGAUCUUCGCCACGGUCCGUAGACUCCGACGUGAACAGUAUCGGUGAAGGCAGCGUACGUGUGACCGCGGAUCGGCCACCGCAGUUACAGCAGCCGCGGUCGAGGUGCGACGAGCCGAACCCGAGGAAGCGCACCGCGACCCUCGACACGGACAGCUUGCACGAGAGCCACAGCGCACAAGUCCGCAUUCUGCAGCCUCCGCCGCCCGCUGAUGUAAGCGACCCAGAGGAGUCCAAGCUCGAAGAGAGGAGGAGGAAGAACCGCAUUGUGCAAGCCAUGUUACACCAGCGACGGCUGGACCGCACCGCGCGACUGCAAGCGCAAGUGGAUGCGCUCGAGAGGCGUUGUGCCACGCUUAGAGCCGAAUUGCUCGCUCGACAUCAUCGGAUGGUCCGGCUGUGGCAGCACGUUAUGGCGCGCGUCGGCACUUGGAUGACGUACAUGAAACGGCCACCCGGGAAGUAG